GUUAAAUAUGCAUUUGCAAAAUGUGAAAGUUGAUAUUUUCCAUUUUCUAUCUAAAUAAGAAUGAAGAGAAAUUAACUAUUUUGAAUAGAAAAUAAAACCUAAUAUACAAAUAAUUCAAAAAUAAUAACUGAUUUUAAUACUGUUAAUGUUCACGAUCAUCAAUACUUAAUAUCUAUAAACUAAAUGGAUUUACUAUUCAUACUUUCCAUCAUUUCCAGGUUAUAGCUGUAAUAAUCUCGAUGACAGGAGUUGCAAUGUUGGCCUAUAUGCAUAAGUCACCUUCUAAAAUGUGGGCGGCUUUGUUAGUCGUUUUUAGUGCUGCUAUUUCAUCAACCUAUAAAGUUUUAUAUGUUAGAUUUUCAUCUCCUAAUUCGAAGUCUGUUGGGUCUGUGGCGUUCUUCCUCAGUGGCGUUGGUUUAUGCAGUUUACUAUCAAGUUGGCCUAUACCUUUGACUCUAGCUUUAACCGGGGUCGAACCACUCAAUAAUCCUCCUUACGGUUUAGUGGCAGGGACUAUUGCGUUGGCUGUUGCCGCUACGCUAUUUGCCAAUAUAGGAUCAACUUUAACUUACAACGUUGCUGUCCAAGCAGGUUUAAUUCUGUCGAUAGGCGUUGCGAUAAUCCUUGACGCCUAUUAUGAACAGUUGGAUUACAGGCCAAUGCAAAUUGGAGCUAUGGUGCUGAUUGCUUGCAGUUUUAUUUUCGACGCAUGCAUUAAUAUACUAUUUGAAUAUUGUAAUAAAGUUUAUUGUAAAGAUAGAAUUAAGAAAAAGCAAGAAAAGACAGAAUCCAGAAAUGGACUUUCAUAUAACAGAUAACAUUUUUUCGUAUAUCUUGAACUCUUCUCUCGUAGAUUAACAAUUGGAAAAUUUUACAUUUUUAUCAAACUCUUUUUUAGGUUUUCUGCAAUUUUUUCUACUUUUAUUAGUAUUCAAAUUUUAUUCAAUUUAUAUAUAAAAUAUACAGAAAUUCAACGAAAGAGCGAAAGAGACAAAUAGGGAAUGAAAGAAUAGAGCCUCAUUUUCUGUUUCCUUUUAUUUUUGCACGUACACGUACGCCAUCUACUUUUCUAUUUUCAAGUGAAUUACAUAAACAUUUUGAAAACUAUCAAAACGACGAUUUUAUCAAUAAUAUAUAAGUAAUAACAAAUACAUUCAGAUAUUACACUCUCCUCUAUUCAUUUAUGUAAUAAAAGUGUUAAUAUAAGCAAGUUAUACACUUUUUUUUAAUGUAAAAUCUGCAUAGUUUCGUCAAACUUGAAUAUAUUGUUUCUGUUCAAUAA